UCUGCUCUUCCCCCACCCCCCAGCGGGUCUCAGCUCUGGGCAGCUCCUCCCAGCUCUGCCUGCCUCGGCCGCUGGCUCCCAGAGGACAGCAGGUCUGAACCUCCUCGCACAUCUGCACAAUUGUCUGACACCCGACUUGUAUCCUUCACAGGAGGCCAGCCCCAGACAAACUGUGUCUGACCAUUUGGGGAAGAGACCGCAGAAUACAUACAGUGAAAACUCUACAGUAGGAAGGAUGGCCCAGAACAUGCUGACUGUGAAUGGAGUUGAUGUGGGCUCUACGCUGUCCCAGCCCACACACAUUGACAUCCACAUCCACCAGGAAUCCGCUUUGGCUCAACUGCUAAAAGCUGGGAGUUCCCUGGUGGAGCGCCUGUCUCACCGUCCUGCCAAGGCCAGGAUAGGCUAUGGACAGCUGGCACUAGGGGUGACCCAGCUGUUGCUCGGGGCUAUCAGCUGUGCCCUUGGAGGCCUGCUCUACUUGGGACCCUGGAUUCAGCUGCGGGCCUCGGGCUGUGCCUUGUGGGCAGGGUCUGUGGCCGUUGCAGCAGGAGUUGGGGCCAUUGUCCACGAGAAGCGUCGGGGCAAACUCUCAGGCUGCGUAUCAGGUCUGCUCACUCUGGCUGGCAUUGCCACAGCCAUGGCCGCUGUCGUCUUCUGUGUGAAUAGCUUCAUCUGGCAAGGUGAUGGCUUUGACGACAUCAGCUCCGUGUGUGAUUCCUUAGUCCCUGUCACCCCCACCUCUUGGUACCAACGAAGAAGUUCCUACUCAUCGUGGGAGGAGGAGAACUGCAGAAGAUACAUGCAAAUGCUGAUGGAUCUGUUCCUAGGAAUCCGUGCUCUGCUCCUGGCUAUCUGUAUCCUGCAGGUCAUUGUGUCCUUGGCUUCCCUGGGCGUGGGUCUUCGAAGCUUCUGUGGCCAGAGCUCCCGAGCCCUGCAGGAUGAGGAGGGGUCAGAGAGGAAUCUGCUGGGGGAGAAUUCAGUGCCUCCCUCCCCCUCCAAGGAGAAGACCACAGCUGUCAUUGUCCUGUGAGCAGUCAGAGAUCCUUGCCUGGACCCUGCAUGUCCCUCCCGAGUAGCGCAGGGCCCCUCAGCGCCCUGUCCUGCAGACUUGCUUCUGCUUUUCUUUCCCCACCUUCACCCACUGUGGCCACUCCAGGGUCCUCCAUCAGUGAACAGGUAUUGCCACAUUUCCCUCAGUGCUGAUUAAACAGAAGCAACCCCAGAGAAUGAUUUUGUGCAGAAAAGAUGUAGUCUUCUUUUGUUAAUAUACCUGGUGCAUUGAUACUCAUGGAAUUAAAUGAGAAUUACGCGU